AUGACAAAGACUGUCGUUGUCUUGGGCGGAAGCCUAGGCGGUAUGGCUGUUACCCAUCAGUUGCUCAAGUACACGCGGCCCCGCGAGGAAGACCUCAAAGUUAUACUCGUCUCCAAGAAUAGCCACUUUUACUGGAAUCUCGCAUCCGUCCGCGCCAUUGUCCCCGGCGUGGUAAAAGAUGAAGAUAUUUUCGCUCCCAUCAAGCCAGGCCUGGAUCAGUAUCCCGCCGGCAGUGUUGAAUUCAUUGUCGGCACCGCCUCAGCCGUUGAUCCCACAGCGCGGACCGUGACUGUUGAUCCCGAGGUUGGAACCACUCCGACUGUGCUCAACUACGACCACCUCGUGCUUGCUACUGGCGCCGAGACUGUCGACCCGUCUCUCCCAUGGAAGGCAUCUACCUCGCACGAAGAGCUCGUGGAUAGUCUUCACCAGACUGCCGAAAAGGUUGGAAAGGCUACGCAUAUCGUCGUUGCUGGCGCCGGAGCCACAGGUGUCGAACUCGCAGGGGAGAUCCAGUUUGCUUUCCCCUCGACUACUGUUUUACUCAUCUCAGCUGAGGAUAAGCUUCUGGCCGGAGACCAGAUUGCCGGAGCUGCCGAAUCCGAGCUCAAACGUCUGGGUGUCGAAAUCCGUGCCGGUGUGCGCUCCGAGGACACGACUGAGCUACCAGAUGGCAAGACUCUGGUAAAGCUGUCGAACGGAGAAUCGCUGGUUACGGAUCUGUUCCUCGCGACCAUGGGACUACGACCUAAUUCUGGAUUCUUACCCAAGGAGUGGCUAAACGAGCAUGGCUAUGUAGACGUCGAUGAUGCGAUGCGCGUCAAGGCCACAGAGGGUGUAUGGGCAGUCGGAGACAUCGUAUCCAAGCCUCGCGCCUCUUUCAUGAUCACAGAGGCACAGGCCGGCGGCGUUUUCAAAAACAUCGAGCUUGCGCUCAAGGGCAAGGAAGCACAACCUGUGAGCGGUCCUCGCGUGGACGCCUUUCUAUGCGCCACUGGCCGAAGCCGUGGAGUUGGACGCCUGGGCAAAGUACCUGUGCCGUCACUUGCGGUAUGGGGAAUCAAAGGCCGUACAUUAGGCACUGAGCGAACGAAAAAGUACGCCAACGGCAGUAUGUGGUGA